AAGAAUGAGAAAAUAUUUAUGCAAACAGAAGCAAAACCCUCACCUGCUCAUCACCGGUUUGGGAGAGAUUGAUCAGUUGGGAUGGCGGGAAUUCCUCUCAUAAACCCUCAAAACCCAAAUCAGAUUCAGAUGCAGCAGCCACCGCCACCGCCGCCGCCGUCCAUUGCCGCCACUCUGCUUAUUCGUCACCUUCCCGAAGCCAUUCCUGAAGACACUCUCUCUCGGCUCUUCUCCCACUACGGUGCUUCCUCAGUUCGCCCAUGCUCCGCCAAUGGCCGAAUGAGGAACUGUGCUUUUUUAGAUUUCCCAAAUGAUGCACUGGCUUUUCAGGCACAUCGCCAGUUGAAUGGGUUGAGGUUUCUUGGUAAAGUUUUGAAAGCAGAAAAGGCAUCUAAGCAACCCCAGGAUGAUAAUAAACCUCAGCCAGGUUCCCAUGAAGCUCAAUCUUCGGUUCUGAGCACAAGUGGCUCCAAAGAAAAUGCUUCUGAGCAAGUCUCAAAACCGGGGUCCUUGCCUGCUGCUGAUCCAAUCGCCCCUAGACUUGGAGUGGACUAUCCAUUUCCUCCUUAUCUCGAGUAUGCUUACCCUCCACCAGAUGGUAACAUCCUUACAAACAUUGUAAAUGCUCUAAUUGCUGUUCCUCGCUUCUAUACACAGGUCUUGCACUUGAUGAAUAAAAUGAACAUUCCAGCUCCAUUUCGUAUGGCUAUGCCCACUCCGCCUCUACCACCAUUAGCACCAGUACCCCCGCCACCACCUCCCCCUCUUGAAUCGACAAAGCAAUCAUUGGUAGAAUCAUCUAGUGAAGAGUCAGAGAUGGAAUCUUCAGAUGAGGAGGCUGAAAAUGUCAAUGGAGGCUCGAGAGGAUUGAAGCGUGCCAGGCGGGAAGCUAUUGUAGGUCCUGCAGUUGAUAAAGAUGUAGCUCAUGAAACUGUGGGAUUAAAACCAGCAACUCUGGUACCGAAGGAAAGACCAAUUAUAAAAAAGAGGAACCCUGUGCUGCAGAUAAAAUUAGCACAUAAGCCAGUCCAGAAGGAACACAAUGAUGAUGAAAUUACUAAAGAAACAGAUGAUCUGAAAUCAGAGGCUUUAGAUAUCAAACCCUAUGCAAGUCCAGAAGAAAUACAGGGUGGAAAAUUAGGCCCAGAGGAAUUAUUAUCACUUCCAGUGUUUAAGAAUUAUAAAGCUGGGAACCCCGCUCCUGUAUUGUACAUAAAGAACUUGGCAAAAGAUGUUCUUCUUGAUGAUUUCUACUACAUAUUUGGAUCAUUGUUUGGAAGUACCGAUCUAGCCAAAUCUAGUCUCAGUGUGAAGCUAAUGCAGGAAGGAAGAAUGAGGGGCCAAGCUUUUGUGACAUUCCCAUCAGUUGAAUUAGCCCAAAAUGCUUUGAAUCUAGUGAAUGGAUACGAGUUCAAAGGCAAACCGAUGGUCAUUCAAUUUGGCCGGAACCCUACAGCAGCCAAAGAAAAAUGAAUCUGCCAAUGCCAUUAGACAAACUUGAAGCUAAACAGCACUGCCAGUUUGCUAUACGAGCGAAAUGCCACGCCGUUGAUAUCAUGGUAUGCCGCAUAAUCAACGGCUAAGAUCAAUCCAGGCAUUCUGUGAAAGAGGCUGAGAGCAUGAGAGAAGUGGAGUGAAGCCUCAUGAGGUAUCUCCCAAGUCUCACAAACUGUCCAUUCUGCCUUCAAAAUCUGGUGCAAGCCAAUCUAUUGAGUCAUUCAAAUGGAAAGAUCCCAACAAGUAUAGAAGUAGUAUCAAUUUUCCUUUUAUUUAUUUGUUGUCAUUUUUAUUUCAUGUUUAAAUGCAUCGAUAGUUUGAAAAUGGUUACAUCACUAGUCGAAUAAUUUAUGGAAAAAUUAAAACAAAAAUAAUGUUGGUUCCUGUAUUUUGUAAAAUAGUUCAAAUAGACCCUUAAAUCUUAUUUUG